AUGGAGAACGAAGACUUCCAGCUAUCAAUAAUGGAGCUUCGCAACCGCGUAAAUGCUGUAGACGACACACAGACCAAUGCAGAUUUGGCCGAAGAGGGGUCUAAAGAGAUCACUGCAUUACAGAGUUUGGUGGAGGCAGAGGCAGACGGCCAGGGACAACAAGAAGGAGUGGUCGCUGCGAUUCAAAGAACUGCAACGUCUGCAGCCGCAUUCUAUCAGCAAGUACAAGCGUGGCAGCGUAUCCCGCAGGCAUUUGCUUCCAUGGAAGACGACGAACGCGAACUGGUAGCUUCCUUGUCAUUGCGCCGGUGGUUGAACGCUGAGCUUGGUCGUCCUGGAGUACUUCCUGGAGAUGACCAGCUCGAUGAAGAGCUGGUUGAAUAUGUGGCAGGACUGCUGGACCACCCAGACUUCUGUCAGCCCGAUUUAUUGGUAUUGGAACUUCACGAGUUUCUUGGUAGCAACGUUAACAAAAUCGUGCUCGCCCUUUGGAAAUUUAUGAUUGUCGAGAUCGGACUGCGUAGUGUAUUCAAGCUGGAAACGACGAAGACAGUUAAUAAGAUUCAAGUGGAAUCUUCAGGGACAAGUCGUGCUGCAUCUCCAAGCGCAGAACUAACAAACGCUCAACCCCAAUCGAGUGAUGCAACUGCCGAACGCGACUACAAGCGUCGACGAGCUUCGUACAGAGGGAAGGUUGGCACGAAGAUCGGUCCUGCGGCAUACCGCGAAAUGAUCCAGAAGCACAUGAUCGGACUCAGUCUCGAAAUGGAUCGAGAGCUUGUGCUCGGCGAAAGUAUCGAAUUCUUCAUGUCGCGACAGUGCAAGCUGGGGGGGUCGACUAUGGGCUCACUGAUCUUUGGUGGUGGCGACAACCAGUCGUCCUACCUUGACGAACGAAAGUCGCGUCGCUCAAAUCCUCAACAUCCUGAAGCUCCCGAACACGGCGACAACAACAUCAAAACUCCCGAUGCAGGAGCUGCGGGGCUGUCGUACUACGCCCCACCGACAGCUGCACAAGAGCGCCGCGAUCGCGUUACCGCCGCGCCGGGAGCUGUCUCGUGGGAGACCUUGCAACAAAGCACUGCGUUGGCGGUAGUUCGUCGUAACGACUACUCGGGCAGUAGAUCGGACUACUUCGCGAAUGGAAUGGGUGGCCAGGACAGUGAAAACAACCAGCAGCGACGAACUCGUCGGAUGUUUGAAGCGCCCGGCGGAAGUUCAUUUAAGCUGGGCUAGACAGCUAAACGAAAGAUUAACAAAUGAGCAUUUCAAAUAA